CUCUGUGAUGUCAGCGCCGGAACCUGGAAUCCCGGCUCAGAGAGGGAAGGUCGGGGACGCGGCAGCAGCAGCGGUGGCGGCGGCGGGAGCGGAUCCCCGGCGGCCUCAGGAGCGCGGGGCGCAGCCAUGAGCGAGUCCAGCUCCAGUGCGCUCCCGCCCGGCAGGCCCAGCCGGCAACUGGCGGCCCACCCAGAGAACCUGUCUCUAGACUCCAGUUGCUUCUCCUCUCCACCUGUGAACUUCCUCCAAGAAUUGCCAAGCUAUCGGUCCAUUGCACGCAGGAGAACGACUGUCAUUUCUCGGGACAAGCAAAGUGGCACUUUGCUAAAGCCAACCAACUCUUACAGCUCCCAGCUGAAGGACGGAAUUGCUGCAAAUCUCAGCAGCCAAUCCAUUCGAGAAUAUGCACUGAACAUCUCUGAGAAGCGGAGACUAAGGGACAUUCAGGAGACCCAAAUGAAGUAUCUCUCCGAGUGGGACCAAUGGAAGCGGUAUAGCAGCAAGUCUUGGAAGAGGUUCCUAGAGAAGGCGCGAGAGAUGACGACCCACCUGGAGCUGUGGCGGGAGGACAUUCGAAGCAUUGAAGUCUCUGGGGAUAUAGAGAGGAAAGGGGACACUGGAAUUUCUGGUUUCCUGGAGGAGACUAGCCUCUUUUAUGGACAUUACUCCAUCGAUGGGAUGAAAUUUCAGAACUUCACUUAUGAUCUGCCCCUGGCAUAUUUGUUAAGUACAAUCGCCUACCUGGCCCUGAGCCUUCUUUGGAUAGUGAAAAGGUCGGUGGAAGGAUUCAAAAUCAACCUGAUUCGGAGUGAGGAGCACUUUCAGAGUUACUGCAACAAGAUCUUUGCUGGCUGGGACUUCUGCAUCACUAACCGCAGCAUGGCGGAUCUGAAGCACAGCAGCUUGUGGUACGAGCUCCGAGCAGAUCUGGAGGAAGAAAGAAUACGGCAGAAAAUAGCAGAAAGGACCUCAGAAGAAACAAUACGCAUUUACUCUUUGAGACUGUUUUUGAACUGUAUUGUUCUGGCUGUUUUAGGGGCAUGCUUUUAUGCAAUAUAUGUAGCAACUGUCUUCUCGCAAGAGCACAUGAAAAAGGAAAUUGACAAGAUGGUUUUUGGAGAGAACCUCUUGAUAUUGUAUCUACCGUCUAUCGUGAUCACGCUGGCCAAUUUUAUCACCCCAAUUAUCUUUGCCAAGAUCAUCCACUAUGAGGAUUAUUCCCCAGGCUUUGAGAUCCGGCUGACAAUUCUUAGGUGUGUCUUUAUGCGGCUGGCCACGAUAUGUGUCCUGGUGUUCACGCUGGGCUCCAAGAUCACAUCCUGUGAUGAUGACACAUGUGACCUCUGCGGCUACAACCAGAAACUCUACCCAUGCUGGGAGACCCAGGUUGGGCAGGAGAUGUACAAGCUGAUGAUCUUUGACUUCAUCAUCAUCUUGGCUGUGACACUCUUCGUGGAUUUCCCUAGAAAGCUCCUGGUGACCUACUGUUCCUCUUGGAAGCUGAUUCAGUGCUGGGGGCAGCAGGAGUUUGCCAUUCCUGAUAACGUCCUGGGGAUAGUUUAUGGGCAAACCAUCUGCUGGAUUGGAGCCUUUUUCUCACCCCUUCUCCCUGCAAUUGCAACCUUGAAAUUCAUUAUCAUCUUCUAUGUGAAAGAGUGGAGUCUGCUUUACACCUGCAGACCCUCCCCGAGGCAGUUCAGAGCAUCCAAUUCUAAUUUCUUCUUCCUGUUGGUGUUGUUGAUCGGGCUGUGUUUGGCAAUAAUACCUCUGACAAUAAGCAUGUCUAGCAUCCCUUCCUCAAAAGCCUGUGGGCCGUUCACCAACUUCAACACCACCUGGGAGGUCAUCCCCAAGACGGUGAGCACCUUCCCCAGCUCACUGCAGUCCUUCAUCCAUGGCGUCACGUCAGAAGCCUUUGCGGUUCCUUUCUUCAUGAUUAUCUGCCUCAUUAUGUUUUACUUCAUCGCCUUAGCUGGAGCACACAAACGGGUGGUCAUCCAGCUCCGAGAGCAGCUGUCCCUGGAAAGUCGUGACAAGCGCUACCUAAUCCAGAAACUAACAGAAGCCCAAAGGGACACAAGGAACUAACUAGACUGAGCGUGAAGUGAAGAUGGCACUGCCCGUUGCUUCUAAGCUGACCUAGUGACUCUGCUGAGCCUCCAGAGUCUACCUGGAUUUUCAGUGGACAUUGAAAAAUAUAUUUUUCUGGAGUUUAGGCUUUUGCACACGUGCAGUUGUGUUUACCUAACCUAGCCCCUAAUUAGGGCUUUAGUAACUUAGAAAAGCAAGGAAAAGGGGAAACCCAAGCCUUUGCCUACCGACUGGCCACUCACUGAUGCCUCUACCCAAAACCAACAAGCUGUUGAGCUGCGAGUUUAUGUGCACAAGUGCUUUGGGAUGUAGACUGGAGCGCAGCCUGCUAAUCAGACCAGCCCACCAAUGUUUAACAAACAGAAUUGGAGGCUGGUUUCUUAAACACACAUGUACACAUUUUUAAGGGCUCUUUGUUUUCUUGUGCUUACAAUUUUUAAUGCAUGUGCCUUUAUUUCACAAAAACAUGUGGCUGGGUGCGGUGGCUUAUGCCUGUAAUCCCAGCACUUUGGGAGGCAGGCUGAUCGCCUGAGGUUGGGAGUUUGAGACCAGCCCGACCAACAUGGAGAAACCCUGUCUUUAUUAAAAAUACAAAAUUAGCCGGGCAAGGUGGUGCAUGCCUGUAAUCUCAGCUAUUUGGGAGGCUGAGGCAGGAGAAUCACUUGAACCCCAGAGGCAAACGUUGUGGUUAGCCGAGAUUGUGCCAUUGCACUCGAGUCUGGGUGACAAGAGCAAAACUCCAUCUCAAAAAAAAAAAAAUGUAGAAUAUCUUUUAAGAUUUCCGUUAUGGUAAAAACCUAUGCAAUAAAUACCUCAUUGUAAGCUUAAUCAAAAUAGGUAGGUCUGCACCUUUUAACAGAAGUUUGUUAUUGUUUAACGUAAUCAAUUUUCAUUUUAAUAUUGUCAAAAUAUUUUUCAAAGCACUGUAGUUUUGUAAUGGACUUUUUGAGCCUUCCUUCCAUUGUGUUUCUUCCUUUCACUGGCUCCACACCUUUCCUGGGGAGUAGCCUGGAAUUUAAAGUUGGGCGCAGGUUUUAGAAAGCCGUUGCUCUUAACAAUAAUUCUCCCCUCCCAUCUCCACUCCACUACUCAGAAAUGACUGACUCCUUGCUCAGAGGAGCAAGGAUUUCUUAUAGUCAUUUUCUUGCUUUUCCACAAAGACAGUUUUUAAAGUGGGAUAUUUUUAUAACUGGGAGACCAAUAAGCUUUUAGGUCUUUUCCUGUCUUGUUAAGGUUUAUGGGUUUCUAAAUCUAAUAACUGAUGUCAUGGAAUUUUGAGUAACCAAAGAUUCAUUCCAAUCUCACUUAAAAAAAUAAAUUAUGCCAGGUGCAGUAGCCCAUGCCUGUAAUUCCAGCACUUUGGGAGGCCAAGGCGGGCAGAUCACUUGAAGUCAGGGGUUUGAUACCAGCCUGGUCAACAUGGCAAGACCCCGUCUUACUAAAGUAUAAAAAUUAGCCGGGCAUGCUGGUGUGUGCCUGUAAUCCCAGCUAGUUGGGAGGCUGAGGCAUGAGAAUCACAUGAACCUGGGUGGCGGAGGCUGCAGUGAGUGAGAUCGUGCCACUGCAUUCCAGCCUGGGUGACAGAGGGAGAUCCCGUCUCAAAAAAAAAAAAGACAGGUAAAAAGAAAGAAAACCAAAUUGUAGUAAGCAUUUCUGCCCAGUGCUUUUAUAUUAAUAUAUAUAACAUUCUCACCUUCACCAGACUUCUGAGGAUAUUCAAGUUUUCUGUGUGUGUGUGUGUGUGUGUGUGUGUGUGUGUGUGUUGAACACAAUGAAAAUGUUUUGCCGUUUUCUUUCCUUAUUGCAAAAGUGAUACUGAAAUAUGCUAAUUAAUUUAUUAGUUUUAGUUAAAUGCUGCUAAUUUGCAUAUAUCUUACUUGAAGGUUUUUAUAUGGUUUGAUAGCUUUAAACUUCAGAUAACGUCUGUAUAAUUUUUAAAGUGCAGCUUUCUCUAACAAAUGUGCCUUACAACUUCUGAUUAAACAGUGUCUUGAAGGUUUUAAAAUGUGAUUGUGUAAACUAGAAUUCAAGGAGGCUUCUUGUCAGCAGUCAAGUGAUGAUGGAAAACUGUAACAGUUCGUAAAGUUGCUCUUUGCUUUUUCCUAAAACAAGAGAGAAGAAAGUGUUUAAUGUAGUCCUCAGAUGAGUGCUUUUAAAGCUCCUUGGCUCU